GACUCUCUUUCUCUCUCUCUCUCUGCUCUCUUCUUCGAUCUCAUAAUGAGACAUAUUCUGCCAAUCCCCUUCUUAUUUUUAACGGCUUGAUCUCUUCUCUCUCAUUUCUCUCUCUAGGUUAACUUCAUUUUCCGUCUCACCUUGGGAUUCUCUCUCAACAUCAUCACCAUCAUCAUCAUCAUCCGUUGCCAAAACCCUUGAAACUCGCAACAACAAACCAAGAAAGAGAGAGAGAGAAAUUGAUAGAUAGAUAGAAACCAGGUCAGGCCAGGCCAGACCAGAUCACCAAUUCCAUUACAUAAACACCACACGUCCUUCUUCUUCUUCUUCUUCCUGUGAUUGUGAUAUGUACUAAACACACUUUUUUCAGUCACUUUCAUAACUUUUUCUCCAGAUUUUUCUAAACCCUUUUCACUUCUUUCCCUAAAUCAAUAUUUAAGAUCAUCAUCAUCAUCAUCAUUCAUUCAUGGGUUGUGAUAGCGUUGAUAAUUUGUCCGACUUUUUCGAUGACUCUGAUUUUGGUGAAACCAACUUCGGCUCCGAUGAUAUUUUCACCCUUCUCGAAAACCUAGAAGGCCACAUCAAUGAAGUACCACUUAUUCCUCCUCCUCCUCCGACGGUGGCUGAGAUCAACGGCUUUGGAUCAUCAUUAUCCCCCAGAAGUAAUAGUAGUAGUAAGAGGCAGAAGGUGACGACGAUGACGACGGUUUGUCCUUCGCUGCCGGAUGAUCAAGAUGGAGAGCAAAGGAUGGCUCAUAUAACCGUCGAGAGGAAUAGGAGAAAACAAAUGAACGAGCAUUUGGCUGUCCUCCGUUCUCUUAUGCCUUCCUUUUACGUCAAAAGGGGAGAUCAAGCAUCUAUAAUAGGAGGGGUGAUUGAUUACAUAGACGAACUUCAACAAAUCCUUCAAUCCCUAGAAGCUAAAAAGCAGCGCAAAGUAAUUUACACUGAAGUCCUCAGCCCUAGGCUCCUCCCAAGCCCACGACCCACUACCGUUCUCAGCCCCAGAAAGCCUCCAUUAAGCCCAAGACUAAUUACCCUACCCCCCAUAAGCCCAAGAACUCCACAGUCCACAAGCCCAUACCAACUCAAACCGCCGCCGCCGCCAUCUCAGGCUGCCGCCGGAGCUAAUAAUUACCCACUUGAACCACCACCACCACCUGCUUUAGUACCUUCACCGUGUUCUUCGAAUUCCUCCCAUGUUGUUGUCAUCGAUAAUAGUGUUUGUGUGAACGAGCUAGCGGCCAGCUCAAAGUCGAACAUUGCUGACGUGGAGGUGAAGUUUUCUAGCCAGAAUAAUCUUCUGUUGAAAACUACUUCACCGAAGAUACCCGGUCAAGCUGUGAAGAUCAUUUCAGCACUCGAGAACUUAGCCCUCGAGAUUUUACAUGUCAGCGUUACCACCAUUGAUGAAACCAUGCUUAAUUCUUUCACUAUCAAGAUUGGAAUUGAAUGCCAGCUUAGCGCUGAAGAACUUGCACAACAAAUUCAGCAAACAUUCUGCUAAUUCAUUCUUUUCCAUCUCUUUAUUUCUUUCUCUCUCUCUCUCUGCAUGUGAAAGUUUCAUACUUUGAUAUGUUAAAAUAAAAGGUGGAGAAGGUGCUGAUGAUCAAUUAGAGGGACAUGGAAAAAAAAAAAAAAGAGAAAGGGAAAGAACAAUUGGUUUACAUUAAUCUAUUAUUAUUAUUAAUUAUAUGCAUUUUAUUUAAGUUUUUUCUUGUAUGAGAGCAUAUUAUAUAUAAUUAGAAGGGAACAUCUAUCUAAUUAAUCAUGUGAACAAUUGUUAUUAUUUAUAGCUAGCUAUUAGCUAACUAGGAGGAGCCUAGGACGACAUUAUAAUCUUUUAGGAUAUUGAUCAUGAUCAUGUACCAGAAGAUAGCUAGCUAGCUAGGUUCACGGAUCUAGUUUAUUAGUUAGUCAGGGAAAUCAUUUCAAAAUAUUUAUCAUUAAUGUUUCCGAUCGAAUUGCUUUAUU